UUCAAACCAACCACCGUAACUUUGAAGGUUUGAACUUUGAAGAAAUAUCAAUGGCGAAGAAGCCUUGAGUAAACACUCAAGAAACCAUUUUCCUUCACUUUCUCACUUCCCAAACACAAUGGUAAGCCUUCCCCACACCACUCUAGCUCUCCCUCCAAACCUAAACGCGAACCCGAACCCAAAUGCCAACACACCCACAACCCUCUUCACAGCCAUAUCCUCCUCCAAGAACCUCAGACAGCUCAAACAAGUCCACGCCCAAAUCCUAAAAUCCAAUCUUGACCGCUCCGACGACCUUCUUUUCAAUCUCCUUCUCUCCUCUUGUACCCUCUCGCCGAGCCUCCACUACCCUCUCUCAGUCUUCAACCAAAUAUCGAAACCCCAAACCCAUUUGUGCAACAAGCUCCUGCGUGAGUUCUCGCGACGUGCCGAGCCUGAUAAGGCGCUUUUGGUUUAUGAGAGGAUGAGGAGGGAGGAUGUGGCUGUGGAUAGGUUCAGCUUUCCGCCAUUGUUAAAGGCUGUGUCCAGAGCUUCGGCUUUAACUGAAGGGGUGGAGAUUCAUGGGCUCGCCUUGAAGUUAGGUUUUGAUUCGGACCCGUUUGUGGAGACGGCGUUGGUUAGAAUGUAUGCGGCUUGUGAGAGGAUUAUGGAGGCACGCUUGGUGUUUGAUAAAAUGUCUUGCCGAGAUGUCGUUGCGUGGAGUAUUAUGAUUAAUGGGUACUGUCAGAGCGGCCUUUUUGACACAGCAUUUUACCUCUUUGAAAAGAUGAAGAACUCUAACAUGGAGCCAGACCCAGAUGAGAUGAUUCUUUCUGCCAUUCUUUCUGCUUGCGGUCGCGCUGGAAAGUUAACUUACGGGAAAGCAAUCCAUGACUUCAUUAAGGAGAAUGAUAUCGUGGUUGACUCUCAUUUACGAAGCGCUCUUGUCACCAUGUAUGCAGGUAGUGGCUCUAUGGAUUUGGCUCAGCAAUUGUUUGAUAAGACAUCACCAAAAGAUUUCGUAGUUGCAACUGCCAUGGUUUCUGGGUAUUCAAAACUAGGGCGGGUUGAGGAUGCACGUUUAAUUUUUAACCAAAUUGUUGAGAAGGACUUGGUGUGUUGGAGUGCUAUGAUAUCUGGUUAUGCUGACAGUGAUCGACCUCAAGAGGCUCUUAGAUUGUUCAAUGAAAUGGAAGUUUCAGGAGUAAGACCUGAUCAGGUCACCAUGUUGAGUGUCAUUUCAGCUUGUGGUCAUCUGGGUGCACUGGAUCAAGCCAAGUGGGUCCAUUUAUAUGUUGGCAAGAAUGGAUUUGGCAGAGUUUUGUCUGUCAACAAUGCCCUCAUUGAUAUGUAUGCCAAAUGUGGGAGCUUGGAAAGAGCAAAAGAGGUAUUUGAGAAAAUGAGAAGAAGAAACGUAAUAUCUUGGACCACUAUGAUUACCGCCUUUGCCAUGCAUGGGGAUGCUAGUAAUGCACUAAACUUCUUCAAUCAAAUGAAAGAUGAGAAUGUUGAGCCCAAUGGGAUUACAUUUGUGGGCGUGCUUUAUGCUUGUAGCCAUGCAGGGUUAGUUGAGGAGGGAAGAAAAAUCUUUGAAUUGAUGAUCAAUGAAUACAACAUCACUCUGAAACAUGAGCACUAUGGUUGCAUGGUUGACCUCUGUGGUCGUGCUGGUCUCCUGACAGAAGCUCUUGAGGUUAUAGAGUCAAUGCCGUUUGCACCAAAUGUUGUCAUCUGGGGAUCUUUGAUGGCUGCUUGUCAGAUUCAUGGUGAGAUGGAAUUGGGAGAAUUUGCUGCAAAACAGCUUCUUGAGAUGGAACCAGAGCAUGAUGGAGCCCUUGUGGCCUUAUCAAAUAUUUAUGCAAAACAAAGAAGAUGGGAAGAUGUUGGAAUGGUGAGGAAGAAAAUGAAAAAUAGUGAUAUCUCUAAGGAGAGGGGAUAUAGCAGGAUAGAGCUAAAAAAUGAGGUACAUGAGUUUUUAAUGGCGGAUAGAAGUCAUAAACAAGCAGAUCAGAUCUAUAAAAAAUUAGAUGAGGUAGUCAGUGAGCUAAAGCGGGCUGGUUAUACUCCCAACACAUCAUGCGUUUUGGUUGAUUUAGAAGAGGAAGAAAAGAAGGAGGCCAUUCUCUUGCACAGUGAGAAGUUGGCUCUUUCUUAUGGUUUGAUAAGUAAAACGAAAGGUUCUAGCAUUCGCAUAGUUAAGAAUCUCAGGAUCUGUGAAGACUGCCAUGCUUUCAUGAAGUUCGCUUCAAAAGUCUAUGAGAGAGAGAUUAUUGUCAGAGAUAGGACUAGGUUUCACCACUACAAACAUGGUUUCUGUUCUUGUAAAGACUAUUGGUAAUGUAUUAUUUGUUGAU